CACUCUAGAUACGCAUUCCUGCAGUCUCUCUUCCUCUGAUUCUAUCUCUCAAGUGUGUCUGACCACCAAGGUUAGAUCAAUGCUGUUCUUGCAACAGCUGAUCAGCAUGCUAGAGUCUUGCUUAAUACCUUCGAUUCAAGUGUCUUCCCCGCGUCGUUCACGGAACCAGCUCAGCAGCAUCGAGCUCGCAUCACAGCAGGUACCGUCUACAACAAUCUCAUGGCUUCGUCUGACAUGGUCUCUGUUCCUUCUGAUACACUGCGCACCAAGAGGACGAUCUAGACCACUUCAACGCCUUGCGCACGAUACACGCAUGACAAAGGUACCAGCACGACUACGACGCGUGUCAAGGGAUAGAUCCAAGCGUACUGAGAUCCAGGCUGUCGAAUCCAUUCGCAAAGCUUUGCAGAGCUAAGGAAGGCAGUCUGUCAUCUUGAACGCGACUUCACGUCGCUUGUCAGGGCGCAAGCGGACCAGAUUUCCAUGUCUAUCUCUCAGCAUGGUAUCAAGAAUAUGUAA